CCGAUUGCUUUCUCUUCAAGCCUCUUCGCCCUCAUUUUCCCAAACCCUAAUUGCUCGAUCUCUCACCUUCGCGUCGAUCGAUCGAUCAAUCCAUCCUCGCCCAUUUUACCCCCUCUUCUUCGUCGUCUUCGCCAUUGUUGUUGUUCUGAAGGAUGGAUUUCGAGCUCCGUGCGGCGCGGGAGAAGCUGGAGAGGGAGCAGAAGGAGCGCAAGGAGCGCGCCAAGGCCAAGCUCGAGAGGGAGCGCCGCGCCAAGGUCGAGGCUGCGCGCCGCCGCGAUGCCCUCGACGCCGCCCAGCGCGCCAAGCGCCUCGAUGCCGCCCGCGCACGACUCGAGGCAGAGCAACAGAUGGAAGAAAACAUGCUUCUAGGCAACGGGGUUGUCUUUUCAAGGUUAUUUGAAGCCCUUCCAUAUGAUGGUUCUGGAGACAAGAUCAAGCUACCGCCUUCUUGCUUCAAAGAACUAUCUGAUCAAGGGGCCCUGGAUAAAGGUCCUAUGUACUUUAGGUUGUCCAAAGUUAAUGAAGGAGGUCCCUCAACUUCUAAUUCCAGCGAAAAUCAAGAUAUGAAAACAACUCAUUCAGGAGUCCUCGAAUUCACUGCACGAGAAAAUUCUGCAGAGCUGCCUCCGCAUGUCUGGACAAAUUUAUUCCAUGAUACCAACGCUGAAGUUCCUUUAAUUGAGGUGCGCUAUGCCAGCUUGCCAAAAGGAACUUAUGCUAAGCUUAAGCCCGAAGCAGUGGGCUUCUCCGACCUUCCUAACCAUAAAGCUAUCCUCGAAACCACUCUUCGAAAACAUGCGACCCUGUCAGAAGGCGAUGUUAUCACGGUCUAUUAUGGAGAGCUGCAGUACAAGUUAAGAGUUCUCGAGCUCAAACCUUCUGCAAGUGUUUCAAUUUUAGAAACGGAUAUUGAAGUCGAUAUAGAGGGAUCUGAUUCUGUUUUGGACGAGGAGAAUGAACAGCAUGUGCUCAUACCACUUGUAUUAGGAAAGGCUGAGUCGGGAAUCGUGGAAGAAGGAAAAUUUAAGUACUAUAAGUUUUCCAUUGAAGAGGCUGUUAGUGAGAAAGUUUCGUCUGGGCUAAUGAAUAUAGAAGUCAAGAUCGAGGCAGAUACUAGUGAUGGUGAUACUAAUAUUUAUGUAUCUAGGCAUCCACUGGUAUUUCCGACCCAACAUCGACAUGAAUGGUCAUCUCAUGAGAUGGGCUCGAAGAUUUUGAUACUUAAACAGAAGGAUCAAAGCCUUGUAGCAGGUACCUACAGCAUUGGAGUUUUUGGCUUCAAGGGAGUUACUAAAUUCAAUAUUUCUGUAGAAGUUAAGGAUAUUAACAAUAACAGGCAAAAGGUCGGAGAACAUUUGAAUGCUUCCUCUCAAGUUGAUUCCGAUUCAGUCGAGUGCCGGAACUGUCGGCAUUAUAUAUCCAGCAGGACCAUUGUGAUCCAUGAAGCAUACUGCAUCAGGCAUAAUUUGGUGUGCCAGCAUGAGGGGUGCGGAGUUGUUCUCAGGAAGGAGCAAGCAGCGAAUCAUGUGCAUUGCGGUAAAUGCGGACAAGCCUUUCAACAGGGGGAGAUGGAGAAGCAUAUGAAAGUUUUUCAUGAGCCACUCCAUUGCCCAUGUGGAGUAGUCCUCGAGAAGGAAGAAAUGGUCCAACACCAGUCCUCGACCUGCCCGUUGCGGCUCAUAGUGUGCCGUUUCUGCGGAGACAUGGUCCAAGCCGGUACUGAACCACUCGAUGCCCGCGACCGCCUCAGAGGGCUCUCCGAGCACGAGAGCAUAUGCGGGUCGAGAACGGCGCCGUGCGAUUCUUGCGGCCGAUCGGUCAUGCUGAAGGAGAUGGACAUCCAUGUGAUUGCUGUGCAUCAGAAGAGCUGAUCCGCUGAAGCAUUUCAUGCUUGUCCAAAUCAUCGUAUAAAUAGACUGCUCAGAGAUAGAUCGAAUGGUACGAUGCCCUUGAAAGACUUAUAAAACUUUUGAGCCAACUCGUCAAAGGUUUCUCUCCUGGGUACUCCGAAAAUUGGUACGGAGUGUGUCACUUUUGCUGGUUCGGCAUGUUUGUUCUUCGUUUUAUUUAAACCUUCCUGGGUAAUUUGAAAGGUGGUACAUAGUGUGUUUUAUCGUUUGCUUCGGCGUGUUGUUUCUCGUUUUGUUUAUGUUCGACGCAAUACAUGUUGAAAAAACAUAAUAGAAGGAAAAAAACAAAUUGUGCACGACGAAAUUUGGAUGGAAUUUGAUAUUUCAAUGAUGUUAUGUAUUCUAAAAUUGUACUGUUCUAUAUGAAUUUGUCUAAGGUUGUUGAUAUA